UGCUUAAUUGAGAUGAAGCCCUGUAAGUGUAGGAAGUUUAGGGAGGCUACUGCAACUAGCCCUGGCCCAGGUGGCUGUGGCUCUUCCCGCGUACCAUCAACCGUGCACAGACCUAAGGUGCUCAAAGACAGGCAGUUACCUCCAUACCUAGGUAGGUACCUUACUUGUUGCAGCUAGAAGGAACGCAACCUCUGCUCCACCCUUCUCACUCAUUCUCAUUCCUCGAUUGUCACUAUCCAAGCCCUGCAAUUUGCCAUUAGCAUACCAUAAAAUCCUGCUACCGUAUUAGCGCCCAGAGACGAGCUUCCAUCUGAUGCGCGACUCAAUGGACGAUACGGUUGGUUACACCUUGGAACGAAAGUUCCGUAUCAUUCAUGAAUAUGAGCCGAGUCAGUUAUCGUUACGACCUCGACGUUUCCCUGACAUCCGACUUACACUGAUACAUGGCUGUCUGCGUCACGAACGCACCGAACCAACUCAUCAGGGUUGCCCCGUGGCGCUGACGCCGCUGAAUGGGAAUUAGGGAGAAGGUGACAUCGCAACCCGUCAGGAUGCGGGAAGGGAUUUUCUCCCAUCCACUUGACAAAGUUUAACCAGAUGAACGCUCAUUGUUGAUGCCCAUGAGACGCCACCCAUCGACGGGAAGACAUUCGUGGAUUACUCCAGGCACACCUGGGUAUUUAGUGUACCUAUGGCGGACCGAUCAUAGAUCCUCGUCUAAGGCUCUGAGCUAUGUCUUAUCCUGCAGCAGUGAGGCUGAAUAUUAAUCGUGAAAUGCUUCAGGUACCAAGCAGAUCUGCCCCCUUCAGGAUCGGUAGCGAAAUCAAGAGGUAGAACAACGCUCGUUUAGUGGCAUUACUUACGGAUUGCCCAAUCGCAGUCGCAAUUUACAAGGGUCCAACUAACACAAGGUUCCAGUGAUGGGUGCGUGCCCAGGCGUGUGCUGAAUCGCCUUCUGUCUAAACUUCAAACUUGCAACCAUUCUCAGAAAAUUUGCCCCCUCCCAAGGCCUGGCUCAAGCAGCACUGACGCCGCUUCACCUUGGAUGGUCACCUUUUUUGACCAAGGAUAUCUUGAACGGCCCUGGAUUGCUUUCUCCCCGAUCGGGGUACGCCGGCUCCUCGUACCGGCCUAUGUACAUCGCAUUGUAAACUGGUCUGUGAGCACUACUUUACCUGCUGGGGGCUCACUAAUGCAUCCCGUCGUUCGAGGUUUGGGACCGUUGGACACGCGGGCUUAGUUACCCCACUAGCUAGCUAGCUAACUAACUUACAAACUCACUCCACUCGCCGUUACAGACCCGGUCCUGGCUUGAAUUCGACACGACAGAUCAGACCCUGGACUAGGUAAAAUGUCUCUAGCUUGUUUGCUUUCGGAUCCUCGUCCUGCUGAAGCAAACGCUUCCGAGACAGAAACGGGGAUUGCCAUGGUCAUGGCCUCAUCGGCGCCGUGCCCAGGGGAUCCUUGAUGUUUGUCCCGGUCCCAUCUAUAACCACCAUAAGAUCGCCCUCAUAUUACGUUUGAGAUACCAUCCUCUUCUGGUCUAUUUCGUGCCUCUACUCAACAUUCUUUUAGAUCCAGUGGAUCGAGGUUUCGCCUUGCUUAAACCUUAUGAGCCCACCACUACAGCCAUCACCUCCACGCACAAAAUUCAAGGCCUAGUAUAGACGCCGCCACUUCGCCUACCUUAUCUGUGCAUCCGAUCUGUUGCCAUCGGUCGAACAUUGUAAAUUGUCACGCCGCCAGUUUUUAUAAAUGCUAGUGGUGGUAGAAUUGGACUUCGUUAAAGCACCCUCCAGCUGGCUCUUUGAAUCGACACAGUUCGUCCCUUGGCAGACAAGAUCAACUUACAAUUAUUUCAUCAAAUAGAAUAUCGAGUGAGUACGAUGGUAAAGUAUGUUCUCGAAAUUCGAGUUAAUCCCUUUACUCAGACCAUUCUGUUUCCGACGCCUUGCCAGCAUGUGCGAUUUCACCAAAAACUAUUACAUCUACACUUCUUGCACAGAUCCUGGGACACAUUUCUGCAAAACUUCUAUAGAUGGAAGUCGCGAGCAUGCCUGUCCCAAAGGUCCUCAUGAACGCUAUAUCGUUCUCCCGGAAAGCUGCCCGUUGUGUUGUGGGUGAAACCAAAAACUCCGGUUGAUGUUAGACUCGACACUCCCAGGAAGAACACUGGAGAAACAACCUUGCCGUACUCACCAUGGCCAGCGAAUUUCAUAUUCUCCAUUGAUAUGUAAUUGCAAAAAUGACAACCUGGCUUGAAGCUUAUUGAAUUCAAGGCACCAAGCUGAUGUUUCUUUCCAUUCAAUCGAAGCAGAGCUACGAAUUUGAGAGUACAAGCGCAGGAUCUUGAGCCUCCCAUAGGAGUCUGAACGAGAGGAACAAGCAGUAGAGAUGCUAUCGAUGAGGAAAGGGAGGCAACAUGCGAUUCUAUCGGCAGCAUCUGUGAAAAACGACAGAGGCAAGCGAACCAAAAACAUUAGCCAGCGACAGAUUUGAAAGUUGAACAUUGAGCUAGACCCCUAGAGGCUCGUUUGUACUGGUACACGGGAAUUACACAUUAACUCGGCGUUAUGGAAAUAAUUAAAAAGAAAUCUAUGGUCACUGAAUGCGAAUUUAUAUGUGUGGCAGACGCAGCCUCAGCUUCUUAGCUAUUGACUUUGAGCGAUCGGAACCCACGCCUUUGAACGGUUUCAUGAUUGACAUGGAAAGCAUAUUGCUACAUAUUUUACCACUCUUAGGCUUAUAUCGGUUCAUAUUUAGCGCACGAAAGACGAGGGACUCCAGUCAUAGGUACUACCUAUAGAGCAACUGUUGUCAGCUGGCUCUGCAGGCUGCCAUUAGCAUAUAUUGUGGCUGAUAUACCUUACCAAGUAUGGCUUACCUCGCAGGUUUGGAAGAUGCAACACUCCGAUGAUUGCCAAAUAAGCAGGGAUGUUGUCGGUGUUUUCACUGCGUGGUUACAUUGCCGUUGACAUCAGGACCGUCACGACGGGUGACGGAGUGCGCUAUGCUAUGCUAGUGAGACGUAGGCUGCCAUCCCGCCAUCUUCUUUAGGCUCUGACAGCUCGCUUACAGCGAUCGAGUCCCUUGACCCCACUGAUCUUGGUCAACGUACGGCUGAGAUAAGAGACAAUGUGCAAGUAAAGGGCAAAGAUCAGAGUUAAUAUGGAGUUUGGCCGGGUAUAAAGUUAAUGCUGCGGGGAAUGAGGGGGAAUAAGCGCGCCUGUGCGAGCCUUUGAGGCGCAUGCCGCGCGGGAUGUACCGGUAACCGUUUGACAGUCUGAUGAGGCGGAAUAUUAUGGCCAAUGACCUGAGAUUGAGGACAAGAGAGACAACAGGGCCUGUAUGUAUGAUGCAGCUGAGAAUAAGCGAGAUCUGCCACGUUCAUCCCUGUUGGCUCGACGCAGUGUCGGCUCACUGCCCGCGCUGAGACCUGAGACGAAACCAUGGCUAUUAGGACGUUUUGAUGCUUAGAUCCAGGUGUUUAAAGAAGAACAAGUCGGUCGGUUUACGCCGGCCCGGGUAAAAAC